GUUCAAUGAUUUAAAAGGCUGGAUCACAGACCGCACCCCUAACUACCAAAGCCGAAGAACGCUGCAUAAUCCACAAGAAGCAAAAAUAGUACUUUCGAGGCUAUCAUAGGCGCUGUUGUAACGACUAUAGCUAGACACUCUAGUAUCCCUUCACUCGCCGGAUAAAAUGGACGAUGCCCUUCGCAGUUCCAGCAACUUGUCCCGCAAAGUCGUCUCUGUGGCCGCCGGCGAAGCUCACACUCUCGCCCUUACAGGAGAUGGGUGCGUGUAUUCUUGGGGAAGAGGAAUGUUUGGGCGACUCGGGAUCGGUUCUGAAGCGGAUGCGCUUUUCCCAGUUCAAGUCAAGUGUGAUAUUUGCAGCGAAUCUGAAGAGAAAAGGCUCAAGUUUGUGGGAAUUGCUGCUGGCGCUUAUCACAGUAUGGCUCUUGCAGAUGACGGAUCAGUUUGGUGCUGGGGUUAUAACCCUUAUGGCCAACUUGGGGUAAAUGGAGAGAAUGCCGUGGUGCCUCGCAUGAUGGAGCAUUUUCUUGGGUUGACCUCUUUUGAUUCUGUAACGAAUGGGUCAGAAACAAAGAGAGAAGCACCAUUAAAGGCUUGUUCUGUUAAAGCAGGAGGGAUGAUGUCUCUAGCAAUUGACAAUCUUGGGACCCUGUGGAUAUGGGGCAAUUGCCCACAGCAAAGCAGCAGCAGUGGCGAGAGUGGUUUCUCCCUGGUCAGCAGUUUCACUCCGAUUCCUGUCUGGGAUUUCCAUGGCCACACUGUUGUAAAGGUGGCAUGUGGAAAUGAGCAUGUUGUAGCUUUGGUAACUGUUGGAGAAACAUAUGAAGGUGAGGAUCUAGUAUGCUACUCUUGGGGAAACAAUAACCAUGGCCAGUUGGGUUUGGGAGAUAGAGAGAGCAGAAUUCAUCCUGAAAUUGUUGAAACAUUUAACCAGCACUCUCCCUGGGCUAUUUAUGAGGUAGCAUGCGGUGCAUUUCAUACCGCUUUGCUCACUCACAAAAAGAGACCCAAUGAAAAAUUAGAAAGCACAUGCUGGACUUUUGGCCUGGGUGAAAAUGGGCAGCUUGGGCAUGGAACCUCCCAAAGUGCACUGAAACCUGAACCUGUAAAUGAAUUGCCACAAGAUGCGUACCUGGUCUCUGUUGAUUGUGGUUUAUUUCAUACUGGUGUUGUUUCAUCAGCUGGUGAUGUGUGGUCAUGGGGAAUGGAGAAAGGGCUUGGCCUCUGCCCAGAUGCUAGAUUUACUGGAACAGAUGCAGGGGAUGCUUUGUCGCCCCUACGAAUAACAGGGCCGCAAGAGCCUAGAUUUCAUGAUCCAGUCCAAGUUGUUUGUGGGGCUGCCCAUACUGUUCUUGUUGCAAAUGAUGGAUAUAAGCUUUGGUCCUGGGGUAGGGGAAGAAGUGGGGUCCUUGGAACUGGGCAGACGAUUGAUUUUUUUGCUCCCACUGCUGUGAUGUGGCCUCCAUUAGCAGAUGAUUUCAAGGACCAAGGAUUGAACAAUGUUACUAAAGACGAUAAUCUAGAAAGCAAGGAAUCAGAAGAAGUUGCAGAAAUAGAAAAAAGAUUGUCUUCGGCAAUGGAGGAGAUGAAGCUCCUUCAAUCAAAGCUUUCUAUGAUGGAAAGAUAUGCUGGCAUACUUCAUGGUUCAAUUUUUGGUAAACCUUUUACAGAGGAAGAUAUUCCAAGCUCGUUGCGAGAUUCAGGUACUUUUGACAUUGCCAAAGAAUGGGAGGAUAUGCUAGAAUCAGCAGAUCGCAGUAAGCUUAUUAGGUUGGAACUUUUCUACAGAAACAUGCUUUCAGGUGUCAAAGACAAGCAUAUGAAAAGAAGGAUCCAAGAGAUCAUAAAGGAGUGUGUCCCUUCAACUCAAGGAAAAUAGUGCAAUAAAAAGUCGGAUGCAUUUUUGUGUAAAAUGGAUGACCAAAUAAUCAGCUUAUGCUGUAUUUCAUUUGAAUCUUGCUUUUGUAUGAUCCCACAAGCUUGUCGAGUUCUUGUAACAAUGCAAAAUAUACCUAUAGAAAAGUGCAUCAAAAUAAGGGAAGCUUUGAUUAAUUCCUUAAGGAGAUGAUGAUCAUAUGUAUUCUUAUGGAGGAAAAGAAAUAAAGCAUAAGUUGUGUGUGACUGUUUUA